CAGUAAGAAAAACCAAACCAUGGAUGAAGAAUAUGAUGUGAUCGUUUUAGGCACAGGCCUCAAAGAAUGCAUCUUAAGUGGCCUCCUCUCAGUUGAUGGCCUCAAGGUCCUUCAUAUGGACAAGAAUGACUAUUAUGGAGGUGAAUCAACUUCUCUUAAUCUCAACCAGCUUUGGAAGAGGUUUAGAGGUGAUGAUAAGCCUCCGGAGCACUUAGGCUCUAGUAGGGAGUAUAAUGUUGAUAUGAUCCCCAAGUUUACGAUGGCCAAUGGUGGUUUGGUACGCACUCUUAUCCACACUAAUGUUACGAAGUACUUGAACUUCAAGGCUGUUGAUGGAAGUUAUGUAUACAACAAAGGAAAGAUUCACAAGGUGCCUGCUACUGAUGUAGAGGCAUUGAAAUCCCCGCUAAUGGGACUCUUUGAGAAGCGUCGUGCGCAGAAGUUCUUUGUGUUUGUUCAAGAUUAUGAAGAAAGUGAUCCGAAAACACAUGAUGGAAUGGACCUAAUGAAAGUAACGACAAGUGAACUUAUAACGAAAUACGGUUUAGAUGCAAACACGGUCGACUUUAUUGGGCAUGCUUUGGCACUUCAUAGAGAUGACAACUAUUUGGGUGAGCCUGCACUGGAUACUGUGAAAAGGAUGAAGCUCUAUGCAGAAUCUUUAGCACGCUUUCAAGGAGGAUCCCCUUACAUUUAUCCAAUGUAUGGACUUGGAGAACUCCCCCAGGCAUUUGCCCGUCUUAGUGCUGUUUAUGGUGGAACAUACAUGCUUAACAAACAGGAGUGCAAGGUGGAAUUAGAUGCAGAGGGUAAGGUUUUUGGCGUGACUUCUGAGGGUGAAACAGCCAAAUGCAAGAAAGUUGUAUGUGAUCCUUCCUACUUGCCUGACAAGGUUAAGAAGGUGGGGAGAGUUGCCAGAGCAAUUUGCAUAAUGAGUCAUCCAAUCCCAAACACCAGUGAUUCUCACUCUGUGCAAGUCAUCCUCCCUCAGAAACAACUUGGACGCAAAUCAGAUAUGUACCUCUUUUGCUGUUCUUAUUCACACAAUGUAGCCCCUAAAGGAAAGUAUAUAGCUUUUGUCUCGACUGAAGCCGAGACAGACGAGCCUGAGGUAGAACUGAAGCCUGGAAUUGAUCUGCUUGGACCAGUGGAUGAAAAGUUCUUUGAUAUAUACGAUAGAUAUGAGCCCACUAACAAGCAUGAUGGGGACAACUGCUUCAUAUCCACUAGCUAUGAUGCUUCAACACAUUUUGAGUCAACUGUGGAGGAUGUGCUCGCCAUGUACAGUAAAAUUACUGGAAAGGUCCUUGAUCUUACAGUGGACCUGAGUGGUGCUAGUGCAUCUGGUGAAGAAUCUGAAGCAUAACAACCUUCAAACUGGAGUGCUUUAUUACACAAGAAUAUUGAGGGACUACAAUUUUUUGUUGGAAUUCUUUAAUUCUUUCUGGCUGUUACCUAAGUUUGGCCACCACGAGGGUUACUUCGUUCUUAUAUUCAUGAGUUUUAGGGAGACUAUUCUAAAUGAUUUGAACUCUACUAAAUUAAUGUUAAGUAGUGACUUGCCUUGAGUUUCUAGUCUGCUGGGCAAAUUCACAAAACUAGUAUCAGGUAUGGACUUUGUUUACUGAGCUCUAUCAUUUUUAUUUGCUAAGUAUUAUAUCUUCUUCUGGUA